AUGGACGUUUAUUCGCUCAUAAAUCAUAAUUCCCCUUCUCCACGAAUUCAUCAUUCCUCAACAUCGCAGGAACAAGUUAAUUGCAUACCCGAAUUCUCUUCGUUUGAACAUCAAAAGGAAAAUAUUUUACCUUUAAAACAAGGUCGAAGUGGCGCUUCGUUGUCUAGAGUCUUCUCUGGUGAUUCUUAUUCUUUUGGAAUUGAUUUACAGGCUGGUCAUGCUCAGUUCAGGGCUGAACUUGAAACUCUGAAUGAACUUGACGAUCCUUUUGACGUUUACCAUCGUUACAUAAAAUGGACUAUUGAAAAUUAUCCCCAAGGUCAAACUCCCCAAUCAAAUUUAGUCCAACUUUUGGAACGCGCUUCUCUAAGUUUUAUCAACGAUUCGCGCUAUAAAAAUGAUCCAAGAUAUCUGAGAUGCUGGUUGCAAUAUGCCAAUUUUGUCGGAAAAACAAACCAGCUAUUUGAUUUCUUGAAAAUCAAUGAAAUUGGUAUCAAUUUAGCUGCUUACUAUGAAGAAUAUGCUGAACUAUUGGAAAGCAUGGAAAGUAUUUCAGAUAAACUUAGACUACCGGCUUUAUUAUUAUAUUAUUAUCCAGAUACUGGCUCAUUUUCGGAAAUAUUUAUAUCCGGAAUUAAUCAAAAAGCUCAACCAUUGGAACGUCUUAUCCGUCGAUAUAAACAAUUUAAAGCACGUUUAAACUCAUCACGUCAGGAAAAUAUUCAUGACUUUGAAGCAUCACAAAAUCUUCCUCAUAAUGAGAACCCACAUCGAACCAUUCUUGGUAUAAAAUCUUCUGCUUCAUCAACACAAUCAAUUCCACUAAAUGUUUUUAAUCAAAGAAAUUCUACUCUUCCAAAUAUCGUUGGUUCAACUACCUAUCAACAUGGUCAUUUUGAUAAUCAUAAUGAGAAAUUUUCUGUAUUUUAUGACCCAAACGGUGAAUUAGGGAAUGCUGCAUUAGUUUCUGGAAACAUUUCUUCAUCAUGGAAUAAUUAUGGAACAGAGAUUGCCAAUAAAAAAGAGAACAUUCGAGAUGCUGAAAAAUGGAAAGGAAUAACGUUGCCACAAGCUCGAAAGCCUAGUGUUCCAACCACUUCAAAAUUGAAGAUUUAUCAUGACGAACUUCGGAAUGAAAAAACAUUUGUAGAUCUUAAUACAAUUUAUGUUGAUGGAAACGAAUUUUCUUUUGAAGAACUUCGUGCGAUGGCUUUAAGACGGAAUUCAAUAAUUUCCAUCAGUCGCAAUAAUAGAAUGUGUGUGGACAAUGAUGAAAAUAACAUUAAUGAAUUAAUUACUAUGGAUCAAAAAUUGAAAGACGAAUCUGAACCCAUUUCUCCAAAGAAACUUACCAAAAAACCUUCUCCAACUAUUAACACUAAAGCUGCUUUGGCCGAUAUAUUGGAGAUUUUUAGUCAGCCAAUGAACUACGAGAAGUCUGACGAUGAUACGGACGAAGACGACAUAACAUCUGUAUCAAGAUAUGAUAAAUUAUUUAUUCGCAAAACUCCUCGGAAUAAUGUUAUAAGUGAUGAAAAUAUUGCACCAUCAAAUUAUUCUGAUAACCAUGGUAAUUUUAGAAUGGUUCCAUUUGAGCUCUUGACGCCGAUACAAGAAACUAGUCGAGAAUAUAGGUCAAACUCUACAUCUUUCCAUCAAUCAGAUGGUUUCAUUACUUUAGAUUUAGGGUCUGUGACCGGAACGCCUAAAGUUAAAAACGUAAAACAAUUCGGUGAAUCCCUCUUUAUGAAACCCCCACUAUUAUUCUCGGUGCCUUCAAAUCCUUGUAAUCCACUAGAUACGAGAUUAAUUGAUCAGGUUUUAUCUUCUUUAAAUCCUUCGUUGGCACAAUAUCCUGGUUUUUAUGAUCUGAGAGGUGAAUGUUCAAAUAAUCACGCGAAAUUAGAAAGAAUUGCUCGAAAUUGGGAUAAAAACUGUCGGCGUCGUACUAGUAGUGCAAUUAAUUUAGAUGAACCGAUCAGGUUAUUUAAUGACUCCUUUUUAAUCCGUCAAAAGCUUGGCGAAGGUGCAUAUGGUAGAGUUUAUCGUGUAUUGGAUCUGAAAUUCAUAAGCGAAAGUCAAAAAGAUCCACGGGCAUCACGUGCUUUAAAACUUCAAAUGCCUUCCACAGCUUGGGAGUUUUACAUAAUUCGAAAAUUGCAUGAAAGAAUUAUUUAUCCUACAAUUGAUUCCAUAAUAACUGCACACUCUUUAUAUUGUUAUAAAGAUGAAAGUUACUUGCUUACUGAGCUUUGUUCUCAUGGAACAAUCGUAGAUGCUAUAAAUACUGCAAAAAGAGAAAAUUCUACCAUGGAUGAAAUAUUGGUAAUUUUUUUCACCAUCGAACUUAUGAAAAUCGUCGAAGCGAUUCAUGAAGCGGGAAUAAUUCAUGGUGACAUAAAAGCGGAUAAUUGUCUGUUGAGGUUAGAGCGAACAGCUGAGUGGGAUUCUCAAUAUGAUCCAUCAGGUGCUCGUGGUUGGUCAAAAAAAGGGAUUAAACUAAUCGACUUUGGAAGAGCAAUUGACGUUACAUUAUUUCCUCCUGACAUGAAAUUUAUAGCCGAUUGGAGAUGUGAUGAUCAAAAUUGCAUUGAAAUGAGAGAAGGUAGACCAUGGAAAUGGCAAGCGGAUUAUUACGGUUUAGCUGGUGUAAUACAUUGUAUGCUACAUAAUGAAUAUAUGCAGAUUACUCCUGUAAGAAUGGAUAUCGAUUCAUUCUCAUCAGGUGCAACUAUUUCGACAAAAAAAUAUAAGCCGAUACAAUCUUUUAAACGUUAUUGGCAAGGAAAUCUAUGGGCUAGACUAUUUGAUAUGCUACUGAACCCAUCAUUAGUUCGUUCAGACGGACGAUUACCGAUAACUCAAGAAUUGAAUAGUAUAAGAAAAGAGUUUGAACAGUAUUUGAUUGAUAAUUGCGAAAAAAUUGGAAAGGAGUUAAAAGCGCAAUUAAAGAGAUUAGAAGUUAAUAGUGAAAUAAAUUAUCAUGGUUGA